AUUUCUGAGUCACAAUCUCCGCUGAAAAUGUCUGUCCAGUUUUCUUCACAGGCACCCUGGAGGAACAACAACAUCAGUUUCCUGAGCAGAGAGGCAGCUGUAACAGAGCAAGGAGAGACUAUCAUAGGUUUCUACCUACUGGCUUUAGGUUGGCUGUCCUGGUUUGGAAAUAGCAUUGUGAUUUUUGUUCUAUAUAAACAAAGACAUCUUCUGCAGCCCACUGACUACCUCACAUUUAACUUGGCAGUGUCAGAUGCUAGUAUCUCUGUGUUUGGUUAUUCACGAGGGAUCAUUGAAAUCUUCAAUGUCUUCAGAGAUGAUGGCUUCAUUAUCACGUCGAUAUGGACUUGCCAGAUUGAUGGCUUCCUGACACUUCUGUUUGGCCUUGCUAGCAUUAAUACCCUUACAGUAAUCAGUGUGACUCGCUACAUCAAGGGCUGCCAUCCUGAGAAAGGUCACUGCAUCAGCAACAGCAGCAUGACAGUGUCUCUGGUUCUCAUUUGGGUAGCAGCUUUCUUCUGGUCAGGAGCUCCAUUACUUGGCUGGGGCAGUUACACAGAUCGAAUGUAUGGCACAUGUGAGAUAGACUGGGCAAAAGCCAACUUCUCUACGAUCUACAAGUCCUACAUCAUUUCCAUUUUUAUCUGCUGUUUUUUCCUACCUGUCACAGUCAUGGUCUUCUCAUAUGUGUCAAUUAUAAAUACUGUCAAGCUAAGCCAUGCAUUAACAGGACUGGGUGAUCCUACAGACAGACAGAGGAGAGUAGAGCGGGACGUCACCAGGGUUUCUAUUGUGAUUUGCACAGCCUUCAUUAUUGCAUGGUCACCGUAUGCUGUCAUCUCUAUAUGGUCUGCCUAUGGUUACCCUGUGCCCAAUCUUACCAGCAUCCUUGCCAGUUUGUUUGCUAAGUCUGCCAGUUUCUACAAUCCCAUUAUCUACUUCGGAAUGAGCUCCAAAUUUCGGAGGGACAUUUUCAUCUUGUUCCAUUGUGCCAAGGAAGUCAAGGACCCUGUGAAGCUCAAACGCUUCAAAAACCUCAAGCAGAAACAAGAGCCCUCUCAGAAAGAAGAGAAGUAUGCAGGAGAAAUGCACCCGGCACCAAGCCCUGAUUCUGGGGUGGGAAGUCCAACCAACACCCCACCUCCAGCAAACAGGGAGGUGGGUAUUGGCAUUUUCGAUACACCAUCUAAUAACCCUGAUAUUGAAUGUGAUAGACUGUAAGUUUUGCAGCCAUUUCACACACGCAUCCACUUUAUGUUCAGGAAGCCCCUCUUCAGAUCCGUGCUAGAAUGAUCUCCUAAUUCCCAGUCUGUCUGUUUGUUGCGAUAGCACUGAUGACUAUACAACUCAAGCAAAUCAGACAGUAAAGUGAUAUUUUCCUUCUAUGUAGGUACAAAAUGCCAUGAAGCACAUUGCAACGUGCUGCAGCAUACUCAGUGCCAGAAAUGUUUGUUUUUUUCGAGCAUUCAGAAAAAGGAAAACUGACUUGCAGAAAUCAGGCACAAAUGAGCAAAAAUAACUGAAAUUGCUACCUAAAUAUGAAAAUAACUAUCUUGUUGGUCUGCAGUAUUAUUUCCAUCUUCCCUGGCCUUCCCAGUGAGCAUGGCCUGGCUGUAGCAUUCAGAGUCAGGAAAGCUGGCCUUUAAUUUUACUGAUCUGCCUCCAAAGUGGUUGGUUUUUUACCAGACUAUUAAGGUGGAGCAAGACAUGUUGUACAAGCAAUGAAACUGAAAAUCACACACAGUUUUUAAGAGUACUGCUGAAGUAUGGCACCAGAGCCAUUUACAAAAUAUAAUCCAGCGCUUCACUGCGACUUCUAAAGAAAGAUUUUGUACCUGCCUGUGGGUAAAAAAUGACUUUUAGGAGAAUGUAACUAAGUGACAAUUAAUAAUACUGAUUUAAAUAGCUAAGAUGUAGGCUUAAAUCUGUAGCAAGUCUAUCAGAUGUUAUAAUAGCCAACAUAUUCCACCAAGUUUAUUUUACAGAAUCAAAGUGAGGUGGUGUGUCUUCAUAAUUCCCCAGUUUGGAAAUUAAUUGCAUACUCAAGAGACUUCUGUAAAAAUGUCUCUUCUUUAGCUGUGGAAAUUGUGGAUUCCUUUAGUGCUGUUUGCAAGCUAAACAAGGGGAAAAGGAAGGAAAAAAACCCACAAAACGAAAAACAACAAACAAACCAACAACAUCAGUUGCUAACCUCACUGCUAUUUAUGACUUCCUGGAAUCUCCCUGUCUGAGUGUGCUAAAACAUGGGGGGGGGGGGGUUUGUAAAAGUAUGCUUUUCCAGAUGUGUCUCUUGGGAAAGUUACAAAGAGUCCACUUUCAUUUUCCCCAUUACUGUAUUUGUUUUAAGAAAAUCACCUGUGUUUUGAAGUUAAAAAGAAAUAAACACUGUAAGCAACA